GAACACUAGGCAGCCCGGUAGGCGCGCCAUGUCGCUCGAGCCGCAGCCUCGCAGAAAUUCCAUCGCCGACGGCCUCACCCUGGCACACUCGGCAACCACGGACGACAUGCGCGAUGUCGGCAUGGUCGACCAGGCGAGCAAGAAGCGCCGACACAUGACACCAACUGGCGCCGACGAGUACGGGAGGCUGAUUGGCGAGGUCGACCCCAACUCUUUCUCGUCCAAACGCCAUCGCACUGCGGACUGGCCGCUGACCGAGGAGCAGCCCGCUUCACCUCAGCCUCCAGGCAGGCGUCGCGGCAGUUCCAACAAAAGCAAAAGCCGAAGCGCUUCGCGCACCCGCCGCCCUGUCACGUCGCCAAUCCGACCCUCUAAGUUCCAGGAGGGCAGCAUGAACGACCGCACGAGCGAGCAGCCACCCAGCAUGUUCACGCGAAGCGUCAAUGGAACUUCGGCUGCCGUUGGCAUAGACGAACUGAUGGAUGACUACCACGCAGCUCAGCAGACGCCUCCCAGCGCCCGACCCUCUGUGAGAACCUCACGGACUUGGACCCAGGGUUUCACCCACCACCCGAAUCGAUCCAUCUCCAGUAGGGCUCACAGCGCCGGCGACGACGGCAAAGAAACUACCGUUUUCCGCUUUGGUCGCUCGCUCGCUGCUGCUUUCAAUCCAAUGAAUAUCUGGAAUAAAAUGGCGCAGAAAUGGCAGGAGACGCGGCAUGAGCUUGUCGAGGAAGCGCUCGACGAGCAGGCUCAACAGCUUAAGGAAAGAAUGGAGAGAGCAGCAAGGGCUCAGGAGGUGUAUGCGCAACUCAAGCAAGCUGGUCAGCUUGGGUCUCAGGGAACUUAUGGUAUGAAUGGCACGCCGGUGUUCACGCCAGGUUACACUGCUCCGGUUGGAGGGUCACAGAGAGAUUCGGGAAUCGCGGGAAUUGAAGGGUCUGAAAACCGUCCUUACCAACUGCAAGACGCGUCUAAGAGUGUUACCAACCUACAGGCCACUUCAGCGGAAACGCGCAAAUCGGCUCUUCACUUCCGGGCCUCCUCCUUCGCAACCCUAAGCCUCAGAAAGUCCCGCUCGGAUGCCAGCUUCGGUCAUAGGCGCUCCGUCUCAACCGAAGGGGACACCUCCGAUACGUCGCAAUCUCUUCGCAGGUCGCAUUCUAAGAAGGACGUGCAGAAGCAGUUGAAGCUUCAUAAGCGUGUCAGCGAUCUGGAGAAAAAGCUUCAAGUUGCUCGUCGCGACCUGUAUCAGGCCUUGGGUGACAGCCCUGCUCCCCCUGUUCCGGCGCUUCCUGCUUACCUGGCUGAAUCUCUGUCCGCCGACAAGCGACAUCGAAACACACCCCUCUUCAAUAGGCACUCUACGGGCAGUCAACUGCCGACACUCCCCUCGGAGAGUCUCCUCCUUCAGGGCAAUGUGGACAACCGCGAGGAGCCUUUAGAGGAACCGCUGACCUCAGAUCCCAUACAGUCUGUCGAUACACCGAUGCCCGUGAAGCAUGCCGCAAUUCCCGAGCCAACCGUUACAGACAUAUGGAUGGCAGGCGUUGAAUCGCCUAAGCCCGAGGCAAAGACUUCGAGGAAGCGAAAGGGGGAUGAAGAUGAGAAUCUCACCUCGGAAGGCAACAACGGUGCGGAAUCAGAAGAAACUACAAGUAUCAAGAAACAGAAGGGAACGAUAAGGGGCAAGGGCAAAAGGAAAUCAGGUUCGAAGGGGAAAAAACGCAAGGGCACCACCAAGCCUGUCGGGAACACUCAUACUGAAGUGGUAGAGGAGACUUAUGAACACGUUACCGAAGAUGUCGAGCUGCCGGCUAGUCACGCCAACGAAAGCCCCGAAGUCAUCCACAAGGAAACUGAACAAGUCAGUUUCGCAGCGCCGAAUGGCAUACCCAGCCAGCAGGUCAACCAUGUCAACGAAAGCCCCGAAAUCACACAGAAAGGGACAGAACAAGUGAGUUUCGUUGCAUUGAAGGGCACGCCGAGCCAACCGACCGCCUUCUCCACGCCCGCCCACCCAAACAAGAGGAAGAAGACGAAGCAACGGACGACAGCACGCGCGCGCUCGAGCUCUCCUGCCGAGGCACCAGCCCCUGCGUUAUCGACUGGCGAAGAUGAGGUCGUGAUGGUGGAGCCGAAUAAGGGGGGCGUGCCGCCGCUUCCGACGCUGGCUGAAGAAGGCGCCGGGCAGGAAAAGAUGGCUGCGGCAAAGGAAAGCAAUGCAUCGUUCGAGUGGCCGGAUGAUGUAUUCUGAUCUAGGCGGUAGUGGUAUGGAUGGAAUAAAAGGACAACAGAUGGCGAGGGUUGGUGGAAGCGAGGCAGGUUGGGGAUAUUUCAUACUUUGGGAGGUUUUUCUUUUUUGAUUGUGGCCUUCCCCAUUUUUCUGCCUAGCUGGUGGCUAUUAAUCUGGAGGAAAGGGAGGAAGGAUCAAAGGGAAAGGGACAGAGAGCGAGUGAAUGUGUGAGGGAGCUUUGUUUAUGCUGCUGACCCAGACUGCUCUUGCUCUCUCUCUAUUCAUUCUCAUACUCAUUUUCAUCAUUAACUAACGGACGGCACGACAAAAUGGUAUUGGCGCCUCUCGAGGCCGCCUUGAUGGCGGCGGGCAGUUGAGUCUCGGG